AUGGAGGGUGAUCUCCCGCCAGACCCACGUUAUGCUCGCGAUCUUUGCGAGAGUGUCAGACACCAGAACCAGUUUCAGUUGACGCAUGCCUUUGGCAAAGCCAGACUGGCCAACGUCUACACAGGCGAGUGUCACCUGCUAGCAGAAGACAGCGAGUUCCACAUCAGUGCUUCUGGAUGGGGAUAUUGCGACAGCGUCAGCGUCGAUCCUCAGGGUCAGAGGACCAGGAAGACGGUCUGGGUGUCAGACAUGUUUGCUUGGUCUGUGUGGAGAGCUGGUGAGCGGCUUUUUGCGUACAGGAAGAGUCAGGAUGGCUCUUGCCUAAGAUGGGUCAGCAGCUUCGCGAACGACCGGGCACUGCUACAUCCACCACAGGGUCAUCAGGUGCUACAAAGCAUGUUUGUGGACAAGAAGAAGCGGCUAUUCCUGGUGAAUUACAAGGUACCUUGUCAGGGUCACCGCUACUUCUGGAACUUGCACAGCUUCCAUGUCUCCAAUUCACAUCAGAGCAUCAUGAAAACAGCGAAGCGCUCUUGGACAAACAUGUGUCAAGAUGUCCUCGGGGACACCAGCAAGUCUUUCGUCUGGCCUGAGCGGUCGCAACCAGGGCGUGCAGAUGGGCAGCAGACCAUGCAUGAGGCCUGUGGAAACACAAGCGUCAUGCUUUUGAUUGCAGUGACAGCGUCUGUCUCUGGCAAGCAGGCCCGUCAGCAGAGUCAACAGUGGCUGCAGAAGUUCCUGGACCAUUAUGUGCCCAGUGUCACAUUGCGCAUCACUCUUCCGGCUGACGAUGACCAGUGUCAGGAAGACGAGUUGACUUCUGUUGAAGUGACGCUGCAUCAAGGAAAAGUGUUACUGGCAGAACUGGCAGAGGCUUGCCGUGGGCGCAAGUCCAACACCAGGGGGCUACGGCUAAAGAGUGAGCAGUCACUCAGCACUUUUCUCUGCGCCAUCCGGCUGCGUUCUGAGUGGAAGUGGCUGUUGAAGGAACUAGUGUCACAGCUGGCGCCGCUGAUUGAGCAGAGCCUCGACUUUGAAGAGUUUGGUCAGGGUGAAGACUCACUGGGCUACGGCUUCCACCGCGACCCUGUUCAGAGAGUCAUGAACGUGCGCCUCGCCCAGCAGAAAGCUUGGCGUGUGAAGCGUCAGAACCGCCAAAAGCGGUCAGAGUCAGAGGCAGCUGCAAAGGGUCAACCUGGCACCUUGAGCAAAGAUGCACGGGCCAAGGCCAGGGCACGUAUUGCUACAGCGCGUGAGAUGGUUACCAGAAGGGACAAGCAGCGUGAACGCAGCAUUUAUUUCCAAGAGUGUCAGGAGCAGUUCCGCAACGCAAAGCAGCUGGCAGUGUCCUUCGACGCCUCACGCAUUGGCGGAAGAAAGCUCACCACCUUUGCAGUCAUGAACUUGCAAUCUGGAGUGUCAGCAUGGGCACCUUCUCAGGUUCAUCAGGACUCUGGGCAUCGAGUGCCAGGGACAGAGCCAACUCCAGACGAUUCCAUCAAGCUGGACAAGCAAGUUGCUGAUCUCCUCAGCAACGUGGCGGCAGACACCGAGAAGGAAGUUCUCAAAGUGAAGAAAGCUGCGCGAUCAUUGGAGCGAGUGUCAACGUACGACCUCCUCCUGGCGACAGACCACGUCCUUCGCUUGUGUCACAGCCCUUUGGGUUUGACUGCAUUUCGUGAGGGUCAUGGUGACGUCAGUGCUGCUGGGGCAGAGUCAGGGUCAGAGUCAAGCUUCAGCGCGAAAUCGACCCUUGUGGUAGUGUCAGACAACGGCAGCGAUGCCAACGCUGCUAGAUGGUUCUGCCUUCACCAUUUGAAGUUGCGGGCCCUCUUUUUGUAUGACCCAAGGCACAAGUGUCACCGGAUCCUGGCGAACGCAAUGACGAAGUGUGGCUACGCGUCAGCAGCAGGGUAUGCCAAGGUCCUGAUCUCAUGGACCCGGGGGCCAUGGGAUAACAGGAAAUGGUUUCGUGUGCUGGCUGAAGAGUCAGUGGAGCUCUUGAAGAUGGUUGGUGAUGCCCACGAGCACAGUGACGGUGUCAGCGUCAUCAAGUUCAUGCUUCCCAAAAUUGCAGCUGACAGAAACAUGGUUGAACACGACGUCAGUGUCAGAACUGCAGUUGGUUGGUUGCGGGAGGCCAAUUUUUACAAGAAGCAGGCAGCCACCGGAAACCCAUCCAGGUGGGACGAGUUCCACAGCACCUGGCGGGCUCUGCGUCCUGAAAUAGGACUUCUGACAGUAGUGUUACUGUCAUACGGCUUCAAGAAUGGACUGAUCAAGAUGGAGGGGGGCAAGCCUGCAGUGACAGAGUCACUAGUCCGUGCUGCUGAACAGGCCGGAGUCCACGAGAACCUGAAAGCAGGCCAAAAGGAGCGCAGAGUCAUUUUUUCGAAGUUCAAGAACAAGCUCCAGGCUGUGCUGUACCUCCUCCUUGACAACGACUUGCUGGCCAGCGUCAACACUUGGUUUGCUGUUAGUAACCCAGUGUCAGAGUACCUGAACGAGAUGCGAAGAGAGGUCCGCGGGAGGCAAGGGUCAUGGCAGUUCUGGCAGAAGCAGGCUCAAGGAGAAUGGCGCAAGACUCUCAACAAAAUUGGCAACGCCUGUGUGGACCCGUGCUGUCACAGGUCAAUUGGGAUCAGCGACAACACUGAGCUGGCAGGGUCAUUGUUUUAUUUCCGCCUCAACACCGAGGAUGGCACAGUCCAGUAUCAAGACUGGCUUUUCGAGAGAAUGGUUCAUUACGCCCUCAGCGUCAUGAAGCACAUGAUGAGCAAUGAGGUUUUUCCUUUGCGCCUUGCUGCAGCCUGUGAAGGGCCAGAGACUGCCAGUGUCAUCCGAGAAGAGCUGCGAAAGUUCAUUGAAGCAGACAAGAUGGCAGAAAGCGUCAACACGCAGUGGUGCCAAGUGGUGCGGAGGCGUUCAGCAGCGUCACAUACCCUGGUACAGGACCUUGCCAGGGUCACUGUCAGUGACAGCGUCUUUGUGUCACACAUGCGUGAUCUGUUCGGGACCUUCUGCUUUACCUUCAAUGAAGAAGGCUUCUCGCGGCUUCGUCAGAGUGAAGCUCAGCGUCAUGAGGAGCAGAGGGAGAACAAGCCCCAUGAGUUCAGUGUCAGUGACAGCUGGUCACAGCUGUCCAACGCCCAGAUUUUGGGAGGGUUCGGGUAUAAAGAGAUGGUGCCGGAUGCUUCCAGGGUCAGCAUUGGCCCAUUGCCAGGAAGUGUUCAUCACACAAAGCGUCUGGAAGCGUCAUCGCCCGAAAUCAAGGAGGUCAUCCAGAGUCAGUGUCAGUGGCCGACGUUAAGCCCGAUGAACACGGCAGCCCUUGCCCCAGAGCAGAAGCUGUUGCUCCAGGCUGCUGAGAAAGGGUCAGCGUCACUGAAAUUGCUGUCAAGCAGCUGGCGAACAUCAUUCUUGGCACCGGGUCUGAUUGUGAAGAAGAAGGGCAGCAGUGUCAGCGGCAGUGUCAGUGUCACAUACCUCAGUCUGGGACCUUGGCCCAACCAGAGUGCUGCUGGACUCAUUCCGUUGGAGAGGGUGGAGCUGGAGUGUCCGAGUCAGCACAAGCAGAGUCAGAGUCAGCACAAGCUGUAUUUCUGGAAGCUUCCUGACAAGAUCGAGUGUCAGUUCGCAAGCGUUUUUGCAUUCGCCGAUUGGAGCGUCAUGGACACUGCGUUGGUGAGUCCUUUACACAUUGCGCUUCACUUAGUGCAGAAGUCCAAAGUGAAAAGCUUUGCGGACUUCACUGUGCCAACGCUCCCUGGUAUUUUCUGGGAGAAAAGCAAGAGUGUCACGCCACUUCUCCAGUACGUGGCCAAGGAGGGUUUUCACACAGUGUCAAUUGGCAUGCUGCGACGGUUGCUGAAGGACAGUGUUGACCGGUCAGGGCUGUGGAUUCAUGGGACUAAGGCGGGGUUGAGUCAAGGGGGGCUCUGGGUUGAGGUUGUGUGUUGGUUUAAAUUUUAA